GGGUGUGGGGAGCGCUAAAAUGGCGUACCAGACCUUCCGGCAGGAGUACCUGCAGGUGCCGCCCGUGACCCGGGCCUACACCACGGCUUGUGUCCUCACCACCGCCGCCGUGCAAUUAGAACUAAUCACACCUUUUCAGCUGUACUUCAACCCUGAACUAAUAUUUAAGCACUUUCAAGUAUGGAGGUUAAUCACCAACUACUUAUUCUUUGGACCAGUUGGCUUUAAUUUUCUAUUUAACAUGAUCUUUUUAUACCGUUACUGCCGAAUGCUUGAAGAAGGCUCUUUUCGAGGUCGGACGGCAGAUUUUGUGUUUAUGUUCCUUUUUGGAGGACUCUUAAUGACUCUUUUUGGCCUGUUUGUGAACUUGGUUUUCUUGGGCCAGGCAUUCACGAUAAUGCUCGUGUACGUGUGGAGCCGCAGGAAUCCCUAUGUCCGUAUGAACUUUUUUGGUCUUCUCAUCUUUCAAGCCCCAUUUCUACCCUGGGUAUUGAUGGGCUUUUCACUGCUGCUGGGGAACUCCAUCAUUGUGGAUCUCCUGGGCAUUGCUGUUGGGCAUAUAUAUUUUUUCUUAGAGGAUGUCUUUCCCAAUCAGCCUGGUGGUGGGAAGCUUUUGAGAACACCGUCUGUCCUCAAAGCAAUAUUUGAUACACCAGAAGAUGAUCCUAAUUACAAUCUUUUGCCAGAAGAUCGACCAGGAGGAUUUGCAUGGGGAGAAGGUCAGCGCCUUGGAGGCUAAUAAGUGUCUGUGCCAAAACACAUUGAGAACUGGGAGAGACUGACCUGAGCAAAGAUCCAUACUGGGGACUUUUCAUUCCCCAUCGCAGAAAGGACACUUUUUGACAGCUCUAUGGUUUUGAAUACAAGCACUUUAUGCAGUCUGGUCCAAGACACUUCCAGACUACCACUUCCUGUCUUUCCCAGUGAGGGAAUUUAUUGUGCUGGUAAUGAAAAUACUAAUGCAGUGGAGCCAAAAACCUAAAACUGGAAACCAUUUCCUGUCAGCUUCAGUUAACAAGGCCAUGAGUACUUGUUUGAAGUGAUUUCUAAAGUGGUUUGUUUUUUUUUCCCCAAGUUAUUUGAUACAGGAAUCUAUAUGGGAAACUUCACAGGAGACAAACCCAACUUUUGGGGGUUUAAACUCAUUUUUUAUUCUUGGAUAAAAGUAGAAGAUGGUUGAAAGUGUAAGUUCCUAUUUCAAUGGCACAAGUUUUUUUAGUCUGAGGUGCUAUUGUCUCCAGUCAUGUUUGAAUGGUAAGAAGUACAACAUGCAGCAUAAUGCAGGUGUUUCACUUUGCCAGCUGGUUUUCUGGAAUGUGCCUCAAUGUGGAUACACUUGCCAGACUGAGACUGCAUUUUGAUGGCUUUGCCCCCCAAGAGUGUGCGUUCAGAUUUGAGUCUAACUGGUUUAAAUAAGUAGUUCUACAAAAUCCACCUCCCUACACAUGCACACUCCUAAUGGUUAUUAAAUGGCUUGGAGCUCUAGGGAAGAAAACUUGUCUGGAGUCAGAACUGCUCAAAUAUCUCAGAUGAUGAGGUGAAUAAGAUGUGUGGAUCCUUUUGGUUACUCCUUUGUAAAAUCCUAUAGUUUUGACGCAGUUGGCUAAAAGCAGAAGUAGGGAAAAGCAGGUCCCUGAAGAAACAGCAUUAAUGCAAGCCUUUUCCACAAGUAUGUCUUGGAACUGCUAGGAAGCAGAAUUGUCUGCUCAAGAUGUUUAGUUUGUGAGCUGAAGUUUCUUAUGGGAUGAUUGAGUGUCCAGCACAGGUCAGUGACACUGAACAGGAUUUAGCUUGAAGUGAUGUUAUUAUAAAUACCUAGAUGAGGAGCCACGUAAGGAAUUAGGAGCAUGGUUCAGCUUGACUUGUUCAGUCACUCCUAAGAUGCUAUGGACUUCUACUGGUGUAGCUCUUUAUUGAUAUAUUGUAACAGAUAAAAAGAGAGAUUGUUGAAACUGCAUCUUCCUCCUAUAUGUGAGAGGAUGGGCUCAGCCCUGAUACCCGGUUUUCAUCUUGUUUAGUCUCAGAUACUGCUGCUGUUAAAAAUCAGCUGCAGGUUUUUAACUUGUUUGUAAUCCAGGAGAUGAAUGUGUUGGGAUCUCAGGAAGAAAUGCUUUGUCCACAAGCAGUGUAUUAGAUUCUGAUAAACAAAAUCAGUGAA